UCUUUUUAUUGACACUCCACUAUACUGGUCUUACAGUCCCGAGUUCGAUCAAUGAUUGUCGAAUACAAUGAUUCAAAGUUCACUUCUACAACACCGCUAACUCAAUGGAUUGAGACGGUUAUCACCUAACGUCGAGAGAGAUGACAAUGUCUUUGAAAACCAUAACCUUUUCGGCUCGUGCUGUGUUUCGGUCCGUAAACCGGGGUGUCAUCGCACCACAACAACAGCUUCGCAUCGCGGGGCUCCGAAAAGGCACUGUUCGGUUCUAUUAUGGGACCGCCAAACCCACCGAUCCGGCCCCCGCAGGGUCGGCACCUUGCCGGACGGUGGACCUCCGUAGCGACACUGUGACCAAGCCUGGAGCUGCUAUGCGACAGGCGAUGGCCGAAGCCGAGGUUGGAGACGAUGUCUUCGGAGAGGACCCAACUAUCAACGAGUUGCAGCACAUGGCGGCGGGUAUGUUCGGGAUGGAAGCUGCCCUCUUCGUGCCCUCCGGGACCAUGAGCAACCUGAUAGCGGUGAUGGUACAUUGUAGGGAGCGUGGUGAUGAGAUGAUAGUUGGGGAUCUGUCUCACUUACAUAUCUACGAGCAAGGAGGAAGUGCACAGCUAGCAGGUGUCCACGCUACCACGGUAACAAACCUCCCUGAUGGAACAUUCCAUCUGGACGAGUUGGAGUCGAAGAUUCGCCAUGGUUACCCCGACCCCCACUACCCACGCUCACGCCUGGUGUGUGUAGAGAACACUCACAACAUCCAGGGGGGGAGAGUGCUGCCCCUCUCCUUCCUACAGGAGGUGCGUGUCCUGGCUGAGCGCUAUGGCCUGGCUGUUCACAUGGACGGAGCCAGGGUGAUGAAUGCUGCUGUGACCCUGGGAGUUCCUCCAGCUACCAUCCUGCAGCACACACACACUGUCAGCGUGUGUCUGUCCAAGGGUCUGGGUGCCCCUGUGGGGACCAUGCUGGGGGGCUCCAGGGACUUUGUGUCCCGGGCGGUGCGCUGUCGCAAGGCCCUGGGCGGGGGGCUUCGCCAGGCGGGGGUGCUGGCGGCCGCGGGGAGGCUGGCCCUGGGGGACAUGGUGGCCCGCCUGGAGGAGGACCAUCAUCACGCCAGGACCUUCGCUCAAGCCCUGCUGGAGUGCCAACCACCCUUGUACCACGUCGACAUGGCUACCGUGGAAACCAACAUCUUGCGGUUCCGUCUGCGUAACCCCACGCUGACCCCUGUGGAGUUCUGCGCCCGGAUGGCCGCGGUGGGCGAGGGUGAGGAGGCCGCCCUGGGGCAGGGGGUGCGGGUACUCAUGUUCCCCCACGUCGGGGGCUCUGUCCGGGCUGUGUGGCACCUCGGAGUCUCCCUGGAGGACACCCAGCUGGCUGUUCGGAAGCUGCAGUUUGUGGCCAGGCAGCACUCCCAGGAGAGGCCCACGGCCCACUGAGACCAGGGACUUUCCUAGAUGUGUGGACCCAGAACAGUGAACCCUCUUCCAGCCUGAUGCUGUGUUCACACCGUAAAGCGAAGAGAAUUACUUUGCGUUCAUUUGUUUAUUUGCGCAAAUCGCUAGGAGCCAAAAGGUUUUUUUCCGUCAUCAACCAUGUCCGAAAUGACUACUAUAAACGAAUACGAAGCAGUGUCGUAUAGCAGAGGAAGCCCACAGCUACAAUACUCUCACCCUCCAUUGCUUCUAAAACGUCAGUGACAUCUCUGCAUUGAUAAACUUUCGCAACACAGCGUCACACUGUUUGCGUUGACUCUACAUGUAAUCUCGCCGCUGGAAUGAUCCACUUUGCGUGCGGCGUGAGCACAGCGUUAUGCUGCAGGACAGGGCUGCUGGAACUCUGACGGUCUUGAGAUGGUCUUUGGAAGAACUUUGUAACUGAAAGCUUUUCACAAGGGUGUAUUUCAGUCUGAUUCAUGAUCCAUUAAACAUGAAUAAG